AUUAUACCUUUAUUAAUUUUUUCAAUUCUGCAACUGCUUUCUCUUUGCCUAAAUUUUUAAUAUAGUGAAUAGUGAAUACUGAAAUUUUCACAGGAAAACACCAACUGACCUCACUAUUCUUGUGGAGUGUCAGAAACAUUUUUUCCCGCCUUUUUUCAAGAAAUGAAGAUGGCCGCCAAACAAAGGCGAAAACUAGAUAAAUAGAAGAAAUGAGAAACAAUAGUAGUGCAUGGCUCGUCUAAAACAAAUCCACGAAUCGUCUCCACAUUGAGAGGAUUCAGUGGUAUGGAUUGGAUUCAUUGUAAUACCUGUUUUGUACAACCAGCCAACAAUAAAAAAUUUUUUUUGACAAGCUGUGGUCAUGUUUUUUGCCAUGAGUGCAUAGAAGGUACGUUGAGUUGCUCUAGCACCACACAUAAAUGCGUUGUUUGCAAAUCUUCCUGCAGCGUAAUACCAUUAACCUCGAACCUAAAACCAGAGGUAGAAAUGUAUUUUAUGGAUCCAGUGGAGUUAUUGAAAAAACAAUUGAAACCCUAUUUUCAGGUUUUAGAGUUUCAGAAAUCGCACAGAAAACGUCUUGCGUCGCAUUUUCAAAAGAUGAACGCCUUGAAUAAUGGUUCCAGUCAAGGUGGAAGACAAUACGCUGACAUGGAAUAUGAAAUUAAAAAACUUCAAGAUGAAAAUAGUACAAUGAAGAAAAUGUUAGGAGUAACGACACCUAGAACGCCAGCUGGUCCCAUACGACUGACAGUAAGAACGCCACCAUCUAAUGGAAUGAUAGGAAAAAUAGGAACAUCGCCAACAGGAAGACAGCGUUCUACACCAGGAAUUGUUGCAAAUUUAUUGAGGGUUAGGGCAGAUAACACACCCGGAGCGGGCAACGAAAGGACUCAAAAUGCAUCAAGAAUGUCGUCACGUGAUACUCCAAGUUCGCAGAUGAGCAACAAAUCAAAGAGGUAUUUCAAUACCACACAACCGACGACAGAUACAUGUAAAUCAUCAGUCACGUUAGGGUCAUUAGGACAAGCAAAGACAAGAAACUGUAAGACUCCGCGGCGUUUAAAAAACAAACUCAGCCAAAGCAAAAAUUUAGAAAAUAGAUUAUCAUUAAUUUGUUAAGUAUCUUUCUAAAUUACUUUUCUUAAUUCAUGCGAAUAAAGUUAUUUGUUCAUAA